CUCCCCGAUUCUUUGUUUAAGCAAUCGGCUUGUUGCAGAAGACAAGAAGAAGAAGAAGAAGAAGAAGAAGAAGGACCACCAAUCGUCUCUCCCCUCGGAAGGAAAAGAAAAAUCCUGAAAACUUAAAUUCAUCAGAGAAGUACUUGUUCAGAUUUUGUUGGUUACACUCCCUUUUGUGAUCAAUGGACUCGUUUCGAUCGAAGAAACGUACCUGAAGUGAAGUAGUAUUCACCCAUUUUUGAGCGAGUGAAGAAGGGUUAUUCCGCAACUACAAAUGCAGGCCUCCCAGGGACCUCAAUCGUCGUCUAGCAGUGUACAGAGGUUUUACCAUCAGCCUCAGCAGUAUUAUGCCGCUUUCCAUGUUUUGAACAACGAUGUUUCGAAUGAGAGUGGUAGUGUAGGGGAACAAGGCUUUUUCCAGGCCCAAAACGAGCAGUUCUUCACUUUGGAUUCAGCGCCUGCUGGAAUUGAUUCCGUGUAUUAUGAUUCGCCCCCUGCUGCCAGUGUUUCUUCCAAUCGGAGCGCGUUUUCUCCCCAAUGCUCUCAGUCGUAUAUGUCGGAUAAUACUACUUGUGGUUCGCCUUUAAGCGGGUGUUCUGGCGUUGUUGAUGGGAAUGAACUGAGGCAUGUGUUGCGAGAAUUGGAGAAUAAAUUGCUCGGUCCCGAAUCUGAAAUUGACGAUAACUAUAGUUGCUCGUUUAGUGAUGCGGUCCCGAAGUCUUCUUCGGUGAUGAAGUGGAAGAGAAUGCUGGAGAUAGCCCCGAGUUUGGACACGAAAGAGCUCCUCUUUGCCUGUGCUGAGGCAGUGUCGGAUGCGGAUAUAUCAACCGCAGAAGUUUUGAUGAAUGUGUUGGAGAAAAGGGUGUCGGUGUCCGGGGAUCCUAUGCAGAGGCUAAGUGCGUAUAUGUUGGAAGGGCUUCGAGCACGGAUAUUGGCCUCGGGAAGCAUAAUCUACAAGAAGUUGAAGUGCAAAGAACCGAGUAGCUCUGAGUUGCUGUCUUAUAUGCAAGUUCUUUAUAACAUCUGCCCCUACUUCAAAUUCGCUUACAUGUCUUCCAAUGUUGUGAUCAAAGAGGCGAUGAUGAACGAGAACCGAAUCCACAUCGUUGAUUUCCAGGUUGCCCAAGGAAGUCAGUGGAUGUUCCUCAUAAAGUCUCUUGCAGAUCGACCCGGGGGACCCCCGUUGAUGCUCCGCAUCACGGGUGUCGAUGAUUCCCAAUCGGCUCAUGCUCGGGGCGGAGGACUUCAACUGGUUGGGGAAAGGUUAGCGAAAUUCGCAAAGGAAUGUGGUGUGCCCUUUGAAUUCCACUCUGCAGGUAUAUCUGGCUCCGAGGUUGAACUCGAGAACCUCUGGGUUCAACCCGGGGAAGCACUCGCGGUUAACUUCCCUUACAUGUUACAUCACAUGCCCGACGAGAGUGUGAGCACCAUGAAUCACCGAGACCGGUUAUUGAGACUAGUAAAGAGUCUUUCCCCCAAAAUUGUCACCGUUAUCGAGCAAGAAUCCAACACCAACACCACUCCUUUCCUUCCGAGGUUCCGCGAAACCUUAGACUACUACACAGCAAUGUUCGAGUCAAUAGACGCAGCUCGCCCGAGAGACGACAGACAGCGCAUCAGUGCAGAGGAGCAUUGCGUUGCCCGGGAUAUCGUCAACAUAAUAGCAUGCGAGGGGGCUGAUCGAGUGGAAAGACACGAACCGUUUGGCAAGUGGAGUAUGAGAUUUACGAUGGCUGGAUUCACUCCGUGCCCGUUAAGUCCCUCAGUGGGCGAGGCCAUGAGGCACAUGUUGCAGGAAUAUAGCCCGAAUUUCGGGAUUGCACAAGGCCAUGGCGCAUUGUAUCUUGGAUGGAAGAACCGCGCUUUGGCAUCUUCCUCAGCCUGGAGAUGAUACACUCCCCCGACGCUUUUCAACUCUCUGUAAAUUUUGCAUACCCGACCGAUCUUUAACCUUUUCGCCUUUGCCUUGGUAUGAUUAGAACAGAGUUCUUCUCUGAACUAUUAGGCUUCAUAUAGAAUGUGCACUUUGCUAAUGUGUUCUUGUCUGUCAAUACCUCAGAACAAUCUUAACAUGAUUACCAGAUACAAUUAUGUUCCAGUUUUUUACUCUCUUGUUGAGUUUACAUAAACUGAAUUUUUGUGGGAA